AUGAUGUACGCCGUCAUGGUGGGCAUCGGCACGGGGCAUCAGUCCAAGAGCUACAAACUCGCGCUAGACAUGGCGACCGGGCUGACCUGGAUGCAGUGCGCCCCGUGCCACCCCUGCCUGCGACAAUACAACCCGGUGUUCGACCCAACCCAGUCCCCGACCUUCCAUCAUGUUUCAGCGAAUGAUGGCAUUUUGUGUCAUGCACUGUACAAACCGCAUCAAAACGGUAUGUGCGGGUUCGAAGUCGGCUUCUUGAGCAGCCAUGGGUCGGCUUCGGGAGUCCUCGCCAAGGACACCUUCUCCUUCCCCAAAAGUGGCCACGAAGUUCGGUUUGAGCUACUGCCUGGCAUGGUCUUUGGUUGCGCCCACCACACCGAGCACUUCAACACCCACGAAGUCCUUGCCGGUGUCCUCGGCCUGGGAAUGUGGAAAUCCAGCAAGCCACCUACCUUCUUCACGAAGCAGAUCAAUCAAGGCGAAGGUGUGCGCUUCUCUUACUGCCCGUUCCCACCGGGGAUGAGCACGUACAACUUUCUUCGGUUUGGCAACGACAUUCCUAGCCAUCCAUUGCCAAACGUGCAUCGCCAGAGUACACCCAUUCUUAUGCCAGCCCAAGCAAACGACGGGUACUACGUCAAGCUUACUGGGGUCAGCGUGGGCGGCAUCCGGGUGUCCAGCGUCACACCAGAGAUGUUUCGGCGUGGUGCGAGAGGGAAAGGUGGGUGUGUGAUCGACAUUGGCACAAAGAUGAGUGUGUUUGUGAAUGAGGCAUACAUCCACAUAGAGUCGGCGGUGCGACACUACCUGCAGAUCCACGGGGCACAACCCGUGCAGCUGCACGGCCACCACCUAUGUGUCCACAAGUCGUCGGCCCACCGUGACGUCCUCCCGAGCAUGACGUUGCAUUUCGAUAACAACGCGGGGCUCCGGGUCAUGCCGGAGCAUGUGUUUCUCGAGAUCGUCCAUGCUAACAUCCACUAUAUGUGCAUCGCCUUCUUCCCGUCUUUGGAGUUGACAGUCAUCGGCGCAAGGCAACAGAUCAACCACCGCUUCAUCUUCGACCUUCAUGCUCGGACACCCACUAUUAGCUUCAAUCCAGAGAAUUGCCACCUCGAUGCUGGCACCCAAAGCUAA